AUGCUAAUGUUAGGCCUUCGACGAGAUACAAACGACACUUUGAGAGAUACCAAAGAAAUAAAGCGAAAACAAGUAGCAGAAGCAAAGUUAUACCAACAAUGGCGGAUGAAUAUCCCCAUUGUGUCAAAUAGCGAAAGAGCCUACAGCAAUAGGAACAUGAAAUUAUCCUGUCUGGACCAGCAGAUUGAAAAGAGGAUGAAGCGGGAGAGGGACGAAGAGGAAGCCAAGAAGAUCCUAAAAGAACGCGAGGAAACACUAAAGAAACAACGCGAGCUGGAGAAAGAUUAG